AUGGCAUACCGCGACUACGACAGCCGGCCCCGCUACUCGAGCCGCUACGAACCGAACACCUCACGGUCGCGCGACUACGAGCAUGUGAAGGGCCACCACGACUAUCCCUACGAUCGCCGUCGCACCGACUACUCUGCGUACUACGCUCCAGACCAACUGCGCGCCGCCGACUACGACGAUCGUUACGCCGAUGGCUACACCUACGCCUAUGCCGCCUACGACCUGCGCAACCGCGACUGCUACCCGCCCACCCCGCCUCCAACGGCCUCGUACCGCAUCGAACGGCGCCGUCGAGCAUCGUGGCCGCCAUGCCCCACUGUCGAGGAUCUCGAAGUAGCUCUUGCGAAAGAGGUGAAUCAUGUCUUGGAGGGCGGGAAGCGAGGGGACGAGGCCCCCAACCGCGGCUGCAUUGAUCAAGACCCCAUAAUGGUCGAGGUGGAGGAGGAGAUGUGGCGCUUCAACCCAGAGCGUCGUUUCGUGCUCGUGCCGGGUGCUGGCGAUGAUGAUGAUGAUGAUGCAGAGAAGCGUUUUGACGACGUUCGGACUCGAGGAAGCAUGCACCAACACGCGGAUCGUCAUAGGGCACCGCCCUUGCAUACCGAUCUGCACGAUCCACCCGUCAACACCGCACGUUCACGCUCGCCCUAUUCCUACAGCCGCACGCCUGUUGACACCAAGAACGAGUCCUCCAGCGACUCAUACCUUUCACCCAAGUCUGCGGCAACCCCAGCCACCUUUGGCAGGGUGCCCGGAGCAAGGUCCGACAGGAAUGGAAAUGCAGACCACGUCAAGUCUCGGCCUGCUCCACUGCAAACAGAAUCGCUGUUCCCUGCUGAUCCACGACGUGAGAAUGGUAUAUCCGACGGCUCAGACGUAUCUGCAGACGAGUCACUCAAGCUGCGGACACGUCGGAGAUCGACACGGUACUCGUUCAGUCCAGCCGAGUUGAAGAAAGAUGACCUUCGCACUUCCAUACAUGACCUAAAUUCCCCGUCCGAGCGUGUUGCGUCACCCUACUCUUACGCCCCUGCCGACCUGAAGAAAGAGGACGUCAGAACUCCUUUGACCCCUUCCGCUACUGGGCGAGACCGCUUGCCGUCCCCUUAUUCCUACACCCCUGCGGAGUCGAGAAAUGAUAACCUAAAGCAUCCUGCGCUCGACUCUGAACCAAUUCGAGAGCGUCUGUCAUCCCCUUAUUCGUACAACCCUUCUGACCUGAAAGAGGACAUUCGAGGCGUUCCACGAGAACGAUCUGUGAACUCACGGGCCGGUUCCCCUCGUCCAGAUGAUCAGAACCUGCGCUCACCAUCUCCGCGCAUCGAGAUCAACAGCGGUCGCCCCGAGCGCGUAUCCACGUUUCCAAUUACCAAUUCGCCAAGAGAGCGGUCGAGGCCUGUAUCUCGACAAAGUCGUUACGAGUCGACCUUAGCCGAUGAGACCGACCCUUAUUUGAAGGGGGCCCCUCCGAGGAUCGAUAUACAGUCUCCUUCGCCAGCCCGCCAUCCAGCUUCAAAGUCGACGACAUCGUUACCAUAUCCUGUGGACGACAGCCCAACGUUGAUGAUGCCAGAAGAACACAGCUAUCAGUUCAUCCCCGAGAGCCCACGAAGUCCCAAAAGGACUAUUUCUGAUUUCCCGCGUGGCCCAGCGGCCAUGCCAAUACCGAGCCACGUGCGAGAGGAAGUUGACGCUGCUAGAUCACCCUUGCGCCGCUCUUAUUCAGAGAGCAGCGUGCAGAAAGAGCGUACCGACCUGCACACAACGCCAGCGUCUACUCGUGGAAAGGAGCUGCAGAGAGAAAUAGUCCCGGAGAUGCCAGACCUACCUUUACCGCCGUGCCCGCGACCGACGUACUCUACGGAGUUCGUAGACUGGUAUACUCUGGACAGCGCACCGUCAUUCGACAUUUGUCCUGACUGUCUCGAACAUUUCAUCGGCCACUCCCUUUUCCGGAAGUACUUCGUGAAGGCACCUCCAACGGACAUCGCGAAGAAAUGUCACUUUAGUUCUCCAUGGUACCGACUGGCCUGGUUGAUGACGUUGAAAGAGAAGCGAAGAGACUUGGACCUGGUCUUUUCAUUGACCUCAAUUACUGCUACCGAAGAUCCUUGCCCCGGUGAGCAUGAGGAUGUGCGGCCGUGGUAUGGUCUACUCAACAAGAGAGGCAGUGACUUUAUUCCCAACCUUCAAAUAUGCGAGCGGGAUCUGUUGUACCUCGAAGCCCUUAUGCCAACACUCCGUGGAUAUUUCCAGCUCAUCGACUCCUCAUCAACACGGUUGUGCUCCUUCAGGACAAAGAGCAAGCGCUUUGCACAAUACCUCGAUCUGCUGCUCGACAUCCAUGAACGAGCGUUAAUGUCCCGCAGCGGCACUCCGGAUUUCUCCCGAUUCAUAGAGCUUGCAAAUCAGCACGCGUGGAAGCGAGAAUGCUCACGCGACAAGGUCCUCCUCGGUAGCCUUUGGCACACCCACCCAGGCCUCCCUGAGUUCACCGUUUGCGAGGAAUGCUAUGAAGAUGUGGUGUACCCGGACGUGAAGCGGGGGUCCAGACUAGCCGAUGAGGUCACGCGGACAUUGGGAUUCGUCCCAAGCGAAGCGGAGCUCGUGACCGGCGAAGGCAACUCGUGUCAGCUGUACAGCCCGCGCAUGCGCCGGGUUUGGGCGCGCGCCGUUCAAGACGACGACGCCGUCUAUCUAGCGCGCAAGGUCCGUGAGCGGAGGAAAAUGCAGCGUGAUCUGAACAACCAGCAAAGAUCCCUGAGGCGCCUUUUGGAGGAGACGAUGCGUGAGCGUGAGCUGGGCUACUCGUACGGCAGCGGUAGCGUAGGCCAGGGUCUGGAUCCCGAAAGGGUCAAAGAAGAGUUGGAGAAGAUUCAGAGAGAAUGGAGAGAUUGGGAGUAA